AGUCCAUGGGCAAUUUUUCUUCAAUGAGUACUUUAUUCAAAUCAAGUUCUGUCUCGAAAUACAAAGAAACGUCACCAUUUGCAGAAAAUUGAUAUUUUUGUAGAAAGAAAAGGAGGUAGGACUUCUUAGGCCUACUUAUGACAUUAAUUAUUAUUUGAAGUGAUAUUGAGGAUCUAUGCAUGAAUAGGGUCUACUGAAAAACAGAAGUUUUUCAACAGAAUAAUACAAAUUUGCUCUUUGAUGAAAUUCAACAUUUUGUUUAUAUUGAUGCAUUGGUGAUUUUUGACUUUAUUCUUGGAAGAAGUAGGAUAUUUAUUGUGGAAAUAAUAAAGAAAAGACUGGAAUGAACUUUCAACAGAAGAAACACCUUCAGAUGCUGAGUAAAUUUUUUCUGAUUGUCAGCCGGCAGCCAUAUUGAUGGCUAUUGCCUCUUUCUUUUUGCUCAGCUUCGGCUUGGCUUCACGUCCCUUUCCACUCCGAUUUUUUUGUUCCGUUGUUCUGCUGUCCCGUGCUGCUGGAAAUAGUUGAGCACUGCCAGUCGAUGUUGUUGAAGGGUGGGGAUAGCCCAGCUGCGCAGUGGUGCAAUGUGGAAUGUACUGCGCAGAUAAGAGCACGAUCUGGGGGUAGGAUUCCGUUUUGUGAGGCGAACACCACUCGCCGAAGACCAACUGUGACGCUGAUCGCCAAGCUUGCGACCGUCAUCAUUGAUGCUUCAAACUUCAAAGCUGGUGAGUGCAUCACAGCACCCAAUUCCUCAGACAAAAUGGCGGCGGACCAGCAGUUUUGUUUGCGCUGGAACAACCAUCAGAGCACCCUUAUACAAGUAUUUGAUACCUUACUAGCCAGCGAACAACUCGUAGACUGUACCUUAGCGGCCGAGGGACAGUAUUUGAAAGCACACAAAGUCGUAUUGUCAGCAUGUAGUCCCUACCUAGAGCUAUUACUCGCUCAACACUACGAGAAACAUCCAAUAGUCAUAUUAAAGGAUGUAAAGUUCCAAGAACUGAAGUCGAUGAUGGACUACAUGUACCGCGGCGAGGUUAACAUCUCGCAAGAUCAGCUUUCGACGUUCCUGAAGGCGGCCGAGUCGCUGCAAAUCAAAGGCCUGACGGAUAGUGGCGAAGACUCGCGCGACGUGGGUUCGACCAAACGGGUCGACGGCGCCGCGCAAGGCGCGCGGAAAGCAGCAGCGGCGACGGGAGCGGCGGCGGCAAGCAGCGGUUCGAACCGCGCAUCACCCGCCGUUGGAGGGACGGGACUUACGAUUGAGCCGCGUCCUGCCAGUCCUCACCACCGCGACGCUAGCCUCUCGCCCACUCCACGCAAGCGACGCCGUGCUCGACGCCCCUCGCAAGGCGACGCCCCCGACUCCCACAACGACACUAGCAACUCCUGUGAUCUGCCCCCCGCCUCCGCCCUCGCUCCCCCCGAACAACACAUUGAGACUGAACACAUUAACAAUAGAUUACAGAACUCGAAUAACAUGGAAUUGAUUAAGGAAAAAGUUGAACCCACACCGGAACUAAUGAUAGAGCCUAAGACUGAGUAUAUGGAUGAAAACAACGAGGACAGCGUAGAAGAUCUCACCCUGGACGAUGACGAUGACCUGGACAUGAAUCGAAGCGGAAUGGACAUGGGAAGACCUGGACCCUCUCACGGAGACUCUAACCAAGGAUUUGCGACAUCAUGGCACAUGCAGGGUGAUCGAUCGGGAACGGACGAGGUAUUCAUGGCGGCACAGGAAGCGGUUGGGGCUGCUCACAGGGACUCACAAGGAUCAUCGACCAGAGGUCUACCUCACGAGGUGUUCGUCUGCGAGUUCUGCCUGAAGACCUACAAGUACAAGCACACCCUGGCGAGGCACCAGAAGAUAGAGUGCGGCCGCAAUCCGCAGCUGGAGUGCACCUACUGCAACAAGAAGCUCAUGCACAAACAUAACCUCAAAAGCCAUCAGUUCUCCUGCAAGGCCAAUCCCAACUUCAAGGCCCAUCACAUCAUCGCCGAGCAGGCGAUUGCGCAGAUCAAGAAAGCUCUUCAAUAAAUACUUAUUAGUAUACGAUCUGCGAUCCUAUGAGUAUCUAUAUCUUAGAUAUCAUUCUUAGUUUAUAUCCUCAUAAGGAUGUAAUAUAACAUUUUACUGUUACAAUUCUGUGUAGUACUGUUACUGCACUUUUCAAUAAUCUUUCGAAUAGUAGUAUUUAGUCUGAUGUAGUUUAAAAUUUGACUGUUACAACGCUACAACAAAACACUAUGAAGCGGAUUCCUAUAUCAGUGUAAGAAUAGAAUAGAAUAUCUUUAUUAGCCUCAAUAGAAUAUAACAAUUUGACAUAUAGGCCAGUCAACACAAUACAAUACAACACAAUAAAAACAGGGUUUAUACAACACAACAAUAAACAGCCAGUGUCUGAUACAGUGAAAAUAUUCUCAUGAGUUCACUCAGCCCGGCUGAGGCUGAGCGGAAUAGUCCCAUUAUAACUCAUGACGAGCCGAGAAGAAUGAGCAGUAGUACUAAGAGAUCCGAAUCCAUUUAUUCUGUCAAAAGUUAUAGGUGUUCGAAAUUUGGAUCCUUGAGAUGUUCUUAUGCACCUCUCCACUAGGAAAUACUGAAAUAAAGUGCAUCUAACGGAUGAUUCUCAUAGAACAUGGUAUUAUGAACUUAUAUACUAUUGUGUAAAAUCUCAAUCUGCGGACAAUGAAGUUGGAGAUGAUGGUUGAAGCUAAAAAUGAGGUGUUUUUCAAAAUACACGGAGAAAGGUUACCAGGUUAUCUUGUUAUCAGGUGCACCGAGAAAUCUAUACCGUAUAAGAUAGAGCGUUCUACUUGGUCUUAGGUUGUAGAGCACAAAAUUACGCCCAGAGGGAUUUUGCAUUAAACAUUUAAAUGGUAAUAAGAUAUUGAUCGAAAGUCAAUUUUUUCUUAAAAUUUUACUCAUUUUUGCAAAAAUGUAACUCAGUUCUCAUUGAAGAUAAAAAGUUCCGAAUGAUCUCAUUUUAUUAAGAAUUUUAUAAUCUAAAAAAAGUAAUGAAUGACAUUUUUUUCCGAUUUUUGGAUCUGGCGAAAAUAGCUGAAAACUGAAAAAUGAACGGAGAAUACGAGGUUUUUGGGCCACUCUGUAUAUCUAUCAUAUCUAGCACUAGGAAAUUUUGCAUGAAAAAAUUGGUUCUGGACUUAUAUUAUGUAUUCAAACAAUAUAUAAAGAAAUCAGAACUACAAUAUAAAUUUCAAGCACCAAUUUAUUUAGUGACUGAAUAUUUAUUCAAUGUAACAAUAUUGCUGACCCAAGAAACGGUUUAACAUUGAAUAUGCUCAGGUUUGUAUUUCUUACUAUCUAGCAACGCUGAUAUUUUGCUGGUUGGAGGCUCAAAUCUCAGUUCAAUUUAUUCAGACUAUAUUCAAGCUAAUGUAGUAGUAGCUAUCUAGAUUCCGCUGUUGAACCAGUACUUAGGUCUUAUGUGAGAAAAAAUAUUUAGAAAAAACUUAUGAUGGAUCUUUUGAAUUACUAUGGCCCAAUUGAAUAAAUAAUUAUCAUAUUUUUAUUUUAAGUUACCAAAGUUAUAGUUGAUCUAAUAAAGAAUGUUAAUCUAAUGAAAUGAAGAAGAAAAGAAAAGGGGAGGAAUAAAAUAUAAACCAGAAUGAGGACAUAAGGAGAAGGUGACUUAAGAAAAAUAAAAAUAACUAGUUGGUUGGUAAUCCAGACAGCCAUUGAUAAAUCCCUAGAAUGAAAUUUACAAUAGAUUUCAUGAAAUUUCGACAAAAAAUAGUAUUUUUUUAAAUUUGAAUAGGAUCCCCAAUGAAACCUACUGUCAAAUUAUUCUUGUAAAAGACAUAUUAAGCUGUUUCCAUCAACUCUGUAUAAGCACUUGGCUAUUUUUUUCUUUACAAUUAGUGCAAAGCGUUGUUAACUAAGUACAAAUCGUAAACAUUCUUUUUAUUAACUUUAUAAAAUUACUGAUAAAGUUCAUAAGAUUUGUAUAUUAUUCAAUGUAAAAUAGAAUAAAUAAGCAAAUUGAUUGUUGAUGUACGUUCAUAAAUUAAUGAUGAAAAAUGUUGUUAUUUAAGAGCAUGAUUCCUAUUAUUUAGGUGUUUUCUCUUAUAAUCCUUCAUGAAACCUAAUUUAGUCGAAAUAUUGUAGGCUUUUCAUAAAAUAUUACCGUAGGGUACGUUAUUAAAGUACCUACUAGUCUAUACCGUAACAACUAAGCAUCACUACAUUACUAGCAUAGAGAAACGAGAACUAUAUUUCAGUUCAUCUAUAUUUUAUAAACUAUAAAACUAUAUUUUGAUUUAGUUGAUCUCUAAUUACUGGAUUCGAUUUCCACUUGAAUAAUAUUAAUUAUUGAUAUUUUAAUUUGUUAAUGUUGAUUUUACAACGCUAGUAAAUGGUUAAAUAAUAAUGGCUAGUAAUGUGUACAUAUGUACACAUUGUACACACUAACAAUGUACAACUAAUAGUAUGUACAGUAACUAUAUAACCAUAUGGUUAUAAUAGUGGUAGGCAAUUCUUUUAGUUUUUUAAUAGUGACGGCUAAUUUUUUAUGUGAAUUUUGCAAUAUCCUGGUGUCACUCUGUCGCCAACCCAAGUUUUCCUACUGGUUGGUUUAAGUCAAGUGAUUAGUCAAUUAGACUAAAUAAUAAUUGUUAUAAUUAUUAAAAAAUACCUUUUUCCAUCAUGUUAUGCUAGCUAACAAAAUAUAGUGCAAGAUUUUAGAAGGCAUGAUUUUUUAAUUGUUUUAUGAAAGAAAAUUGUUGUUAGUUAAAUUACUGAGUGCUUUUGAUCAAUAAAAAUCGUCUAAUUAUUGUUAUUAUAACAAAUUAUCACUAAAAUAAUAGAUGUAGGCUAAAUUACUUCAAAACGAUUAUAAUUUCACCAUCAUGUUCAACAAAUGCCUUGAGCAGGCUGUAAUUUAGUUCAGUUGGGAAUGAAUAAUAAACUAAAAACUUUCAGUUGGUGUCAUAAGACAUUUAUUUAGCCUAUUGAAACAUAUUUAAAAGCACAAUUCAUUCCUGUUUCUGCACCAAGCUUUUCUAUUCAAAAAUGGAGUCCGCUGUUUCUUUGAAAUGAGGCUAAAUUGAAGAUUGAUGUAUAAGGCAUUUAUGUUUACUUAUGUCUCUCUCUUUUACAUCCUAAAUUUUCCAUUACGGUAAAAUUGAGGAUUAAGUGCAUGAGAGUCUUUUCUUUGUUGCUUUUUAUUCUUUCUAUGCAUUCUGUUAGUUUUUCUCACUGUGUCCAUUUUCAUUAUUUUGUUUUUAUAUACAAGAUUCAUUUAAUUUUCAGUGACUCUGAAAGAACAAUUUUAAUAUAAUAAUGAAGAAAGUUAUUUUAUUUUAUUUUAUAAGAUUAGUAGGUAUAGAUAUAAAUGAUUUUGUUAAUACCAAAAUAGAUUGUAAAUUUGGUUUUGUUGAAAAAGUUCUUUGUUGAUCAAAAAUGAUUCUUCUUGUUUUAUUUUGUUAAAUAUUGGUACAAAUUUUUACAAUAUUCAUAACAAAAAGUGUUAAAAUGGAACACAAUUGAUUCAGUUUAUUUUAGUUUUGUUGAAGGAUUUUUUAUUUUGUUUUGUUGUAGUUAGUUUUUUGUUUUGUUGAAUGAUUAUUCCGGUUUGUUUGAAUGUGUUCUGGUUUAAUGUAUUGUACUGUAGUCCAAGAUAAAAUUAUUAUGUUAAGCGACUCAUCCCUCAGCACAAGCAUUAUGCUUAAAGAGGGAUGAACCAUUAAUGUUUCUUCAGGAGCACUUACCUUUCAUUAUUAUUAUAUCCUAUUUUAUUUUAUUUUAUAUUGUAUCAUUUGUAAUUAUUUUAUCUACUCAUAGGGUUCUGUUUAUUUAUUAUUUUAUUCUUGAAUGUUUAAUGAUUAUGAAAUGCGUUUGUGUUUUUGAAUGUAAUUGUAAUUUAUUUUUAUUGGUUGAAUAAAGCAUCUAUUAUUAUUAUUAUUAAUCCACUCACAAAUAUAAAAUACAAUAAUAAACAGAAAUCUACUGUAUACAGAAUCCUCCUAUUUUGUAUUUCACACAAAUUUAUUACGGUAUCAUAGUUUUAUCAUUUGAUUUUAUAAUAGUUAUAGUGUCAUUACGACCACUUAUCCUAUUGCUUAAAUCUUACAAAUUAAAAACUAUUUAAUGUAAUAUUCUUACAAAAAUGUUUCGAUCAUGAAUAUUAUUAAAUAAUAGUUUGGAUUAUUUGGAAAAAUAUCAAGAACUGAAGAAUCUCUUGUAAACCUUUAUAUUUGGCCAGCCUGUUUCAUUUUUUUAUAGAGUUACUGUUAGUCUGUUACUGGUAUGAUUUCAUUAUUAAUAAAAAUGUUAAUCUAUUGUCAUCUCGAUAUUUUGAUUUCAACAAUGAUCACAAAUAUACAAACAUUACUCUUCUAGAAUAGAUAGAACGGGAGUAUUGGACCAGCAGAAGCACAUCCACCUCUAAUAAAUGUCAUGCCCAACGCUAUCGAAUUGACAACACUGGAAAGUAGCGCUAAAUUUAAUUCAAAAUCAAUCAAAUCAAUACUGAACGAAGUUGGCCUGAUUCAAUUGCAUGUAAUUAAUAAUUCUUGAACUAUUUCUUUAGACUUUUUGAUGCUUUCAACUCGGUUUAACUAUUUGACAAUACUAUAUUUAAUAACUACUUCAGUACUACAGUGCUACAUAGGGCCUUCUCCCCACCAGGGCAUGGCAUUUAUUAGAGGUGGUUGUGGCAUAAGACUCUUUGCCUUCGUCAACUAUUUCAAUACAAAUGUUUCUGUUAUUCAAUAGUGGUAACAAACAAAUAAUUUAUUGUAUUUCCAGUUUUAUCAAAUUCACUACAAAAUA